AUCACAUCUGGGACAAAAAGUCUUCCAACAUAACAGCAAAGGCGCAAGUUUGAUGUGAAAAAUGCCCACCCUGAUUAAAAUCCAAUUACAUUUUCAGGGUAUUUUAUAGAAAUCUUGUAACUCUGCCAUCCAGUGACCGUUGCAUUAUUUAUACCUCGAAGAUGAGGAGUGAGGUUCCAGAAGAAUUUGAAGGGGGAGCAGACGACUGGCAAACAAAACAAGGAUAAAAUGAUCGGUUUGACCACAGAGAAUAAUUGCCGGGAGGAAAAAGAUGCCAUGCAUGUUGCCAAGUGUUUUAGGAUCUUUUAAACGUUAACUGGACAUGCAUCUGCUGGUUUGUACACCCCUAUAAACGCCAAAGGUAGAUUAUUGAGUGUUUUCUGAGGGAGAAGACUCUUUUUGUGGAUGCUUUAGGGGGGAUCCCCGAGGUCUGAAGUUCAUUUCCACUUUUGACCCCAAUCAUCACAAGAAUUCCAACAUACAGGUGUACAGACCACACACUGUACAAAGUCAAAUGACUGGAAUGUUUGAGGCUGUGUACACGGAAGGAGGUUCUGGACCCAGUGCCAGCAACUGCGUGGGUGUUUGUAGGAGCUUUAAACAACAAGAGGAAGCGGAAACGUUGACAUUUGAUUCUCCAACCAAUCAGAGGUCAUGUAUGGGUCUGGUCUGCCAACAGAGCCGGGACACGGUAUAUAUUGACCCUGGAUUAAGGCUGAGAAACAGAACGAGAUCCUCGAAGGAAAGCAAAGAAACAAGAAGCCGAUUGUCUGCAAGGAGAAACCAACAACAAGACAUCAUGAAGUCUCUGGCUCUGCUCUCCAUUUGCGCUCUUCUCUCAGUCUGCUGGUCCAUGGGAGCUGUGGAACCUGAGGUUAUUGUGGACCUUGCUGCUGACCCCGCUGCUGACCCCGCCGCUGACCCCGCCGCUGCACCAGAUUCACCUUCCUCUUCCUCCUCCGAGUCCAGUUCAGCUUCAUCCUCUGCUUCUGACUCUUCAGCAUCUGAUUCCAACUCCAGCUCAGACUCCUCAGCCUCUGAUUCAGCCUCGGAGUCGUCAGAGUCCUCCGAGUCCUCUGAGUCUUCUCAGUCGUCCGAAUCAUCCGAGUCCUCCUCCACCGAGUCUUCUGAAUCCUCUUCAGCCUCUGACUCUGCCGCCUCUUCUUCUUCAUCUUCCUCAUCUUCAUCAGAGUCAGCCAGCGCUGAAGUUUCUCAUGUGGUGACGAAGAGAGACCUGGCCUCUGUCCUCCUGAGGAGAAGACGAGCUGCUUCAGGAGGAAUCCUGAGCCCUCUGCAGCUGGAAAGCCUGAGGGAGGUGUGUGAGCUGAACGAAGCCUGCGAUGACAUGGCCGACACUGAAGGCAUCGUCGCAGCAUACACUGCUUACUACGGGCCCGUUCCUUUCUAAGUCCUCCUUCAGACAUUUGUGGACAGUUUUGUUUUUUAAAUACAUUUAGGAAUAAUAAUGCAACAACUGAUCUAAUAUAAAAGAUGAACAACGAAAAAGAGUUUAUUAGCUGCAGAUUGUUGCACACGUGUCUUGUGGUACCGAAUGUAAACGUCUCCUCCAGGCUUUCAGAGAAGAGGAAACUCAAGCCUGUGGACAUUGUAGAACCCAUAGAAACGUAAAUGAUUCUUGUCUACCUGCAGAAUAUUAUAAUGAAUGGUGCUAAAAGAGCUAAUGUAUUGUUUACUAAUGUUUUUCUAGUGUGCUUUAUUUUGAGUAGAUGAUGUAGUGAUGAGCUGACUGUGGUUGUGUGUAGUUUGUGUAAAACCCAUCAGCUAACUGUAAUGACCACCAAUUGCCUCUGGGUUUGAUGAGAAUAAAUUAUUUUGUUUUGUCAAA